GGUUUGUCUUCCUAGAAUUGUAAGCAAACCAUACAACCAUCCCUUUCCUCAUCAUCAUCAUUCUCCCUUCAUCAAGUCUUCUCUCUUUUCUCUCUCUCUCUCUCUGUUAUAAAAACAAACUUCACUGGUUCACAUCAACAAAUCGAUCGAGCCUUGAGAAAGAUUAAGAGAAACAAUUAACUCAACAAAAAAAAAAGAUGAGAAAACCAGAGGUAGCAAAUGUAGUCACUCAUCAAGUAAAGAAGAUGAAGAAGGGGCUUUGGUCUCCAGAGGAAGACUCAAAGCUGAUGCAAUAUAUGAUAACCAAUGGGCAAGGAUGUUGGAGCGAUGUAGCCAAAAACGCAGGCCUUCAACGAUGUGGCAAAAGCUGCCGUCUUCGUUGGAUCAACUAUCUUCGUCCUGACCUCAAGCGUGGCGCUUUCUCUCCUCAGGAAGAGGAACUCAUCAUUCGUUUUCAUUCCAUUCUCGGCAACAGGUGGUCUCAGAUUGCAGCACGAUUGCCUGGUCGAACCGACAACGAGAUCAAGAACUUUUGGAACUCAACAAUAAAGAAAAGGCUAAAGAAAUUAUCCGACACAUCCAACUCCGUCAACAACUCAUCCUCAUCACCCAAAGCAAGUGACUCGUCUUCUAAUUCCACCUCGUCUUUGGAGUUUAAAGACAUUAUAGGAAGCUUCAUGUCCUUACAAGAACAAGGAUUCGUCAACCCCUCUUUUACCAACAUGCCAACCAACAACAAUCCAUUCCCAGCGCCACAACUGAUCAGCCACCCGUAUAAUGACGACUUUCCCCCUUAUGUAGAUGGUUUCUGCGGAAUAAACACAGGAGUACAAGGGGAACUCUACUUUCCACCUUUGGAAUGUGAAGAAGGCGACUGGUACAACGCAGAUAUUACCAACCACUUAGAUGACGACAUGAACACUAAUGGGGCUGGAAACGUACCUGAGGGUGUGAGAAUGGAAGAAUAUUGGGACCUUGACCAGUUGAUGAACACUGAGGCGCCUUCGUUUUACUUCAACUUCAAGCAAAGCAUAUGAUUUUUUUCCUGUUGCCGAAUAUACUAAGAUUCAUAGCCACACACACAAAACGCAAAUACCGAUAUAUACAUUGUCAUAGAUAGAUACUGAAAAGGUAGAGAGUGUUUUGUUUUGAAUAAUACUAGGGCUUGACGUGCCAUAUGUAAUGAUUAGUCAAUGUAAACAAAAAAAUACCCCUUAAUAAAAGAUGAAUAAACACACAUACAUUUACGAACAU